AUGGCUUAAAAAAAAAAUUUUUAAUAUCACCUAAUCCAACAGAUGUUUAAUAACAAUAUAUAAACUACAAGAACUUCAAUUUCAAUUGAUUCAAAUAAAAUUUUCCCUUCACCAGUAGGGUGUAAUAAAAUAUAAAAAUUGAUCUAAAACUAAAAAUAGGAAAAAAUGAAUAUUCAAAUAGAAGUUACACAAAACACUGGGAUAGACAUGUAAAAUAUAAUAAAAUAAUUUUAGAAAUGAUAAUAAUUAAGAAGAUCGCAAGAAUAGACUUAAAAAAAAUAUAUGUAAUACAAAUUCUAUUAAAGUUAAUACGAUAAAAUUAAAAACAAACAUUAGUGACUUAAAAAUAGAAUAAAUUGAUUAGACUACUUCAAGUAGUACUAUAAAUCAAUAAAAGUAACAAGAGAAUUCAAAAAGAUCUUUCUAUGAAAAAUUUUUAAAAAUAAAUGAACAUGAAAAACUCAACUGUCAAAAUAGAAAUCAGAAUAAUAAAAGUUUUGAAAUUUUCAGCCAUUUGAUAAAAAAAAUACCAAAAAAUAAUUAAUAAUAAGAAAGCCCUAAUUUUUAAACCUAAUAGGAAAAGAUUAAUCAAUUAGAAAAAUAACUAUUAGAAAAAGAGAAUUUGUUAGCUGGUCUAAAAGAUUAAUUUUCUAAAUGUUAAAAUGAUUUACAAAAUGAAACUUAAUAAAAAGUAAUAUAAGAAGAAGAAAACAAACGGCUAAAAGAAAUUCUUAAUUUAAAACAGAUUGAGAUAGAUUAAUUGUAAGGCAAAAAUAAUACUUUUUUAUAAGUUAUUUAAACAAUAUAGGCAACUAUCUCUUAAGUAAGUGAUAAACCAGUAUAAAUUUUAGUGAAAUAAAUCUGA